CAACAAAACCACAGAAGAAGAAAAAAAAAGGAAAAUCUGUUUUAUUUGUUGCGGUUCAGAAGGACAACUUGUUAGAUAGCUAGCUCAAUUAUCUGCGACCAGCACUUGCUAAAUUCACAGAUAACCUAAUCUGCGUUUUUGAUUUAACUCGAAGAGGCUGUUUACACCAUAUUUACACGGGAGAACACCUAUGGUCUCUGGAGAAGUCGCAUGGUCGCUGGAGAAGAUGCUAGCUGUGCGACAAUUUCUACCUAACACAAUGACCAACUACAGAGCUUUUCAUACACAACUGUCGUCCAUCAUGGAUGCAUUGACCAAAGCGGCGGUGGCAGAUAUCUGCGAGCUCGUAGAUGACAGUUAUGCUGUUUUACAAUUGGAAAUCUCUCGAAGCCACAAAGAGAAUGAGGCAUUGAAAAGGAAACUCGAGUUGAUAGAGACCAUCAUUGCGCGUGGGCAGAGAGGGAAUAUGGCUGAAACAAACCACCACGCUAACAUUGAUUCCCUCAAUGCCGAACAUUCAUCUUCAUCUGGAAGGGCUGCCUGUACCAAGCAGUCACAUGAAAAUCUAAGAAGAGCUGGAAAGAUCACAGCUGUUCGGGAAGCCACAGAACAGUCUGAAAAUAAAGAGGUGGUUUUGCAGGUACCUGAAGAGAAGAUCGGACCUGACAUAGUCUUAAUCAAGGAGGAGAAGCUGGGCAGGGACUUGGAUAGUAGUAAUGACACACAGGAUGUUCUGCUAUUCAGUGAGAAGGGUACUGAGGCGUCGUAUCCUGAAGUGGAUGACGGUGAAGAAGGGCCAUCCAGAAUAACCUCUUCCACCAUGACUACGAGGGAGUGGGACCGAAGUGGAGAGGAUAGUGGCCACCGAUCCGAGCAGGGGAACGAGAGUUCUCAGAGGACUCCCCAGUUUUUGCAUUCUAAGUUCACGGCCGGAAGAUGGAACCCCCUGAGCCUUGACUACACGCUGCAUGAGACACCCAGUGAGUCUGGGUCCAGUCCACCGGGGAGGAAUGAUGAAAUGGAGACAGUGGAACCCGUUUAUGAUUUCCCUUCAGAAACCAACACCGUCCCCUCUACUCACCCGACAGGGAAACGGUUUCCCUUUGAACCAGAGAGUAGUCCAAAUUCUCUGGCUGGGAAUUUCGAAAUGAAAAGAGAAGUUUCCAUGGUCAGCUCUCUACCCUAUGACGUGGAACUGGAUAUGUGUUCUUCAUGGAGCAACCAGGAUAUGCUGGGAAUGGUUUCCAUGCAGGAUGGGAAAUACCUGAAACCGGACCGCAGGGAAUUGCUGCUUGACAAGGUUGCAGACUUGAGCUCUGCCCAUUAUCAAAUGACUGCCGCCGGACUUCACGCUGCAGCCAAGUAUGACAGCAGAGACAGCAAGCGUUUUAUUUGCACCUUCUGCAGCAAGUGUUUUACAUCGUCGCGAAAUCUGGAGACACACCUGCGGGUUCACACAGGAGAGAGGCCAUACAGCUGCACCCAGUGCGGGAAGAGGUUCACCCAGUCUGGCCAUCUGAAAACGCAUCAGAGCGUACACACCGGAGAGAGGCCAUUUGCCUGCGAGCAGUGUGGUAAAAGGUUUGCAGGGAAACAAAAUUUGAGGUUACACCAACAGAAAAACCACCCUAAUCUGUGAGGUGUAAGGCUAGUUGAGAGCUCCACGAACACAGUUAUGCCUAACAUUUUUAGAAGCAUUAGACCAGAACCUUGACACUGUUUGACGUUUAAGUUUGAACAUUAGUCAUGAAGAAUAGGCUAUUUUGUAUUUUCACACUGAUAUGUUUUGAUGGAUGAAUUCCGCAAGAAUGGUGGAGGUGAAAAACAUGGUCUAACAGUGCAAUGCUCUAAUUUCAAUUUUUGUUCCAUUUAAUUGCCUUUGAAAUGAUACAAUUGAUCAUAUUUAACCCAAUGAAACAAAGCUAUUUGAUGAGACAUUAUUACCACUGGAAUGUAUUUUGAAAAUGGAACAGUCCUUCCAUAUAAGUUGUUACGAUAAUGGUCACACUUUAAAUUUACCACAAUUCAUAAAGGCUUAAUAUAGCAUACAUAAAGUCUUAAUAAGAACUAUAGAGUGCAUUGCCUAAUGCAUCAUAUCCUACUAUGGAAAUUCCCUUUGCUUUACAAAGGGUUGUAACUAUAUGUAACAAUAUAACAUUAUUAGUGUGCUUGCAAGAAGAUAACUCAUGUCAGGCCGGAACUGUAAGAGAAAAUGUGUUCUCCCAGUAAACUUACCUUUUUAUAAUACAGACAGUAGGAAAGUUUAUUUAAAGUUCAGAAGCUAGCAGAUUCAUUACUUGCCAACAGCUGCAAAUCCCAGUUAAACAACAUCACGUUUUGAAGUUCACUUUCAUUGUUUUGUCUAAUAACGCUAUCAUGAAUCUACAAAGACGUUUUGUGGGUCAGUAGCUAGGUUUCCAUCCAAUUGGCGAUUUUCAUGCCAAAAUUAUAAAAUCUGCAUGAAGAAAAUGCGCGUUUUCUAACCAAUGGUCUGUUUUCACCAAACUGACUUGCUGCGUAUACAAAUCAGUGCCUGAUGAGGUAGUGCACACAAUUUACUUUUCCGUUUAAGUUUUCAGGUACCGAAUAAAAUGUGUUCAAUGUGUUUCCAUUGCAUUUUCAACUCUACCGAUAGCUUUGUCACAAACUGUUGCAUUAAAUAGCAAAUGUGCCUACUCUGGUCUUGGAACAUGCGCUCUAGCCAACAGCUCGCAAAUACAGUAUGCUAGUCUACGUGAUGAGAUUAUUAUGGAUAAGACUGAGAAUAUUUAUUUGUCAAACAGCAGUUUGAACAAAAUACAAUUUCAGCUAAACCCUAAGUACAGUAUCUAACAAAAUAACUACAUUAUGGCGUUCACUAACUAUUUGCAUGUCAUAGAAAUGUGGGUACAUUUGUGGAAAAUUACUCAACCUUUGAUUUACCUGUUUACUGAGACCAUGUGUUUAUUAGCUCAGUUUUACCAUAAAACAUGCUGUAAACACGACAUUUACAACUCCAGGGUCAGAACAUGCUCCAGGCCAGAUUUUGCUGUUGCAUGUUACAUUUUGCAAUGUACCAUAACCCAUUAUGUAAUUUCCCCGAAAAAAACAUAGGCUUACGUGGGCAAAUCAAAUUUUAUUGGUCACAUACAAGUGUUUAGCAGAAGUUAUUGCGGGUGCAGAGAAAUGCGUGUAUUCCUAAGCGCUAGAAGCACGGCAGCCCUCUGUCAGCGUCAUUUUCCCAGAUUACACAUGAUGUAAUGCUGAUGGUGACAUUACACGAUAUUGGUUGUAUUGAGCAAAGUCCCCAGAUAAGGCAAUGUCAUAUGUAAUGCCACCAUUUUAUACAGUUGGAAUAUGACCAUAGGUGAUUUGUGAAACAUCUAUGGUGUUUAUUAUGAAGAUGUACACUAUAUAAAGCCUUUAUAGAUUGUAGUUUAAAGUGGGAGACAUGUAAUUAGCAUGUGAUUGUCAAUAUUUGGGUUUGGCAGUGUGUUGACAUUGAAGGUGAAUAACUUCCACAAUAUGUCUGAAAUUAGUGAGUCAGAACAGUGUUUUAUUAGUUGUUCAUAUGCAAUAUAAAAAGUCAGGAAUAAGUCAAUUCUAGCUCACCAUCAGGCAAUUAUUGAACUUGUGCAUUGCAAUAUAUUCAUGAAUAUCCGUUUUGUAAGUUCAGAGUUCCUGUUAUAAUGCAUUUACAUAACUGUCACAUAAUACACUUCACAAUUUAAAAACAAGACUGGUAUACAGUGGCAAGAAAAAGUAUGUGAACCUUUUGGAAAUACCUGGAUUUCUGCAUAAAUUGGUCAUAACAUUUGAUCUAAUCUUUGUCUAGGUCACAACAAUAGACAAACAAAGUCCGCUUAAACUAAUAAAACACAAACGAUGA